AUGGAGAAAAAAGCGGUCAUUCUCGCAAUCGGAUCCUUCAAUCCACCCACCAACGGACAUCUCCAGAUGUUGGAAGUGAGUACAAAACUCUUCAAAAUUUUUAAAAUCUAGAAAAAAAAACCCAAAUUGUUUCAUGACGCGAGAGCCACGCUCGAGAAAAAGGGAAUGAAGGUGGUGGAGAGCAUUCUGAGCCCGGUUGCCGAUGGAUACGGCAAGAAAACACUGAUCUCAGCAGAUCACAGGUUAAUUUGAUUACAAGAAAACAAUAAAAACGAAAAGAAUCGCCUAAAGAUUUGCCAUGUGCGUGGCAGCGGCGGAGGACUUGGAUUGGCUUCGUGCGGAUGACUGGGAAUGUCAGAAACCGGAGUGGACGGCCGCUUUGGACGUUCUCAAACAUCAUUCUAAUGAUGUCAAGGUACAUACGAUGUCAAGGCCUGUUUGCUCUCAAAUUUGAGGAAUUUUCAGAAUCGUGUCGGAGGCAAAGUGCGCACAUUUCUUCUUGUCGGCGGUGAUGUCGUGGACAGAUUUCCGACGAGAAAUGCGGAUGGCACUUUCAUUUGGAAUCAGGAAGACGUCAUCGAUAUCAUCAAAAUUGGACUGAUCAUCCAACCUCGUCCGGGUUUCACGCCAAUGAAGACACUCGAGAGCAUGCCGGAAAUCGCGGAGUUUUCGAAUGAUAUUAUUGUGAUUGAGGUGAGGUGUACAACUCACACAAUAUUUUUAAUUUUUCACAACUUUCAGAACGGAAUCACCUUGAACGACAUCAGCUCGACUCGUCUGCGUGCCGCUAUCGCCGAAGGACGCUCCGUCAAGUACUCGACUCCGGAUGCCGUCAUCAACUACAUCAAGAAGCACUCGCUCUACAAGCAGUAG